GCAUCUAUAUGCUGCCUACCGCCACCCACGAUCAACCACCUCCUACACGUCCAUGCCAACAUGGCUCCUGCCACCAAGAGCUCCGCCAUGACGCCCUCCAGUGGCAAAGCGAAGCUGGAACAAGUCACUUCAAUCCUCGCGACACUGAAGACCGACCUCGAGCAGACGAACCUACUCCCUCACCAGCGGAACACCUUGCUAGAAGAACUCAAAGUCCAUGGACGCGCUGCCGAGAACGCCGACCCCAUAUUUGCCCGGAACGGAAUUGAGAUACUAGCACGCUAUGGCUUCGAAAGCUCAAACUCGGCGACAUCGCGAGAAGCACUCCGGUGUCUUGCAAACGCAUUGUUACUACAGCCCAAGACCCGGCAAAUGUUCGUGGACCUGGGUUUCGGAGACAAGGCUGCUGAGAAGGCGAAGAGCGACAACACGGACGACGAGUUCCUCAUCUCCCGAAUCCUCUUUCUCCUGACCUACGAUUCCGACCUCGACUUCGACUCCCUAGUGAGGUCGCAUCAACUUGCUGAAAGCAUCAACGCCGCCAUCGCGCGGCAUGCAAGGCGAUACUCCAAGUCCUCCCGGCACCUCUCCUACGAUAACCCCAUGUCCAUGAACACCAUGGCCCUCUCCGAAACUCUCAAACUCCUGUUCAACAUAACCCACCACUACCCCGACCUGCAACCCAUGUUCACAAAGUCAAUCCCGCACAUCUUCAAAAUCCUCGUCCGCCACAAAAUCCCCUCUCCCCCCCUCGAGCAACCCGUCAACUACCUCAUCAACGCCCUCCUCAACCUCGACCUCGAAGAAGGCGACAAAACCGCCAAAUCCUUCUCCCACUCCGCCGUCUUCCCCAAAUUCGAUGCCAAAUGCAACGCCGAGCACCUCAUCAACAUCCUCGACCAGGCCAUCUCCGUGUAUCCCGAAGCCCAGCUCGACCGCGUCGCCCCCCCCGUCCUGACCCUCAUCCGCCGCGUCUACGAAAUCGCCCCCGACGCCGUGCAGACGUACAUGCAGUGGCUGCUGCUGCCCACCGACGACGAGCGCACGCGGCCCCUGGGCAAGAGCGACACCCUCUCCGCGCGCCUGCUGCGCCUCUCCACCUCCGCCAUGUUGCCCACCCUGCGCGGCAACAUCAGCAGCAUGCUGUUCGAGCUGUCCGGGAAAGACGCCGCCAAGUUCGUGCACAACGUCGGGUACGGCUUCGCGUCGGGGUUUUUGCUGAGCCACAAUAUCGCCAUGCCGGAGAGCGCGAUGGACGCCUAUGCGAAUGGGACCGAGGGCGCGGAGAAGGGGGGCGUGCCGGUGAAUCCGAUUACCGGGCAGCGGCUGGAUGCGGAGGAGGAGGAGCAGGGGCCGCCGAUGACGCGCGAGGAGAAGGAGAGGGAGGCGGAGCGGUUGUUUGUGCUUUUUGAACGGCUCAAAGCUACAGGCGUUAUGAACGUGGAGAAUCCAGUUGCGCGAGCGGUGCAGGAGGGUCGAUUCGAGGAGCUGGAUGACGAUGCUGAUGAAUGAACGAUGGUCACGUGGUCAGGGUGUCAUACGCGGACGCACGACGUGCAAUCUUGCAUUUAAUCAGGGAUGCAUUGGUAGGUCCUCUCAUUCAGGGCAUCAUGCCAUUAUGGUUGUAUAGGGAGUACACAUACCACGGAGUUGAAUCCAAUUCAUUUUCGGUCAUUCUUGAAACACGCCUACGCGCGAUUGUGAUGCUGCCAAAAUGAUCAUUUUUGUCUACCGGAGUGGCUGAUCUACAAGGAGCUACCACCAAAAGAGCAUCCUCG